CCGCCGUCCACCGUUUCCGCACACUUUCUCCCCCAACUCAAGUUCUCGGUCUCUCUCACGUACUGGAUGAUUCCAUCGACUGCGGCCACUUCCAAUGCACAGACGCUCGUCUGGCUCGCCGGCCGAGGACGACGCUGAAGACUCCGUGAUCACCGUCUCUCGAACCCAGACUGAGCCCAGCCAUGUUCCCCAUGUUCUCGAUCCGCCGGAAAAAUCCCGCUCGCAGGCAGCUAGAACCGGCACCAGCUUCGACCUGCGGCGAGACACCACAGGCACCUCUAAUACACGCUCUAGAAACUCGAGCCUCUGGCGCACUCCCUCUUCCUCGCACGAAUCCCGUUCCUCGUCGGUUAUGACGCCGCUGGCCUCCCAGCGACUACCCAUGGAAGCUUCCCCCGAUGGCCAGCAUCGCUUUCGUCCCUCGCACCUCCGCAGUCCCUGGCCGAUCUCCGUUCUAGCGGCGCUCACUACGCUCAUUGCCUCCAUAUUCCUAUUCUUCAUCUGUCGGUCUUUCACCGUACGCCAAGUCGGCGGUGAUGGAUGUGGCAUCCCCGUGAUGAGCCCCACGUUCAUCCGCAUGGUCGGAUUCGAUACGGAACAUACUCGCUUUGCCAGCAAAUACAAUCUGUUUCUCUAUCGGGAAGAAGGGGUGGACCCGUAUAACCAAGAAAAUCUCGGGUUGAAUGGCGCCCCGGUACUCUUCUUGCCUGGAAAUGCUGGCAGUUACCGACAAGUUCGCUCCUUGGCUGCCGAAGCAUCGCGACACUAUGCCGACGUGGUCCGUCAUGACCAAGAACGUCUUAAGGCGGGAACUCGCAGUCUGGAUUUUUUCAUGAUCGACUUCAACGAGGACAUGGCGGCCUUUCAUGGUCAAACGCUGCUGGACCAAGCGGAAUACGUCAACGAAGCCAUCUCGUACAUCCUAUCGCUCUACCACGAUCCCCGCCGGUCGCGCAGAGAUCCCACUCUGCCAGACCCGAGCUCUGUCAUCCUGAUCGGACACUCAAUGGGAGGGAUUGUGUCUCGUACCGCUUUGACCAUGGCGAAUUAUCAGGCAAAUACCGUAAAUACCAUUAUCACCAUGUCGGCGCCGCACGCGAAGCCCCCGGUUUCGUUUGAAUCGGACAUUGUGCACACCUACAAACAGAUCAACGAUUACUGGCGCGACGCCUACUCACAGACAUGGGCCAACAACAAUCCGCUAUGGCACCUGACGCUGAUAUCCAUCGCCGGCGGUUCCCGUGACACAGUGGUUCCUUCUGACUACGCCAGCAUCUCAUCGCUCGUUCCGGAAACGCACGGCUUCACGGUCUUUACAUCCACCAUUCCGGACGUUUGGAUAGGGAUGGACCAUUUGUCUAUUACAUGGUGUGAUCAAUUCCGCAAGGCAAUCAUCAAGUCACUAUUUGAUGUUGUAGAUGUUCGUCGGGCCAGCCAAACGAAACCGAGAGCUGAGCGCAUGCGGAUUUUCAAGAAAUGGUAUUUGACUGGGCUGGAAAGUGUGGCAGAGCGAACGCUCCCUCAACAAGAGCCUAGCACGCUAUUGACAUUAGAGGACAGCACCAACACCAUCCUUCCCCAAGGCCAGCGACUGGUACUUCGUGAGUUUGGUCAGGAUACCGGCCCGAACGUCCAUCUGCUGCCAGUUCCUCCGCAAGGUGUGUCAGGGAAAAAGUUUACGCUACUUACAAGCCAGCAACUUGACAAGACGGGGGAGCACGGGACUCUGGAGGUUCUGUUUUGCAGCGUUUUCCCCAUGCACAAUGGCAAAUUUGCCGGCGUAUUCUCGAUAAACAUGGACUUCUCCGGUGGCAGUACGGGCUCAACUCGCCUUGCUUGCAAGAAUGCCGCUGAGGAUGGCAUUCACUUGCCGGCAUCCACGCAUUUCUCAAAACAUGCUUACGACAGAGUGACUCCAUUCUCAUACCUACAAUAUGAUCUGGAGGACCUUGCGGAGCACCAGUUCGUGGCGGUCGUUGACAAAGCCCGUUCGCCGACCCGCGGAUGGGUCGUAGCUGAGUUCUCUGAUAGCUCGGACUCCGUGAUCAGAGCUCAUGUGGGCUUGGGGGGUCUCCUCAGUGCUGGAGUGAAGAUGCGACUGCCGGCCAACCGUCCGAUGCUCACGGAGGUCAAGAUUCCUGCGUUGCAUUCGAGUCUGCUGAAUUACAAGCUCAAGAUCGUGCGACGGGGCCCGCGGCACCAGCAGGAGCUAUUUGCUCCGUUGUUGCGUCAGUCGAUCCCGGAUCCGCACGAGUCGAAAUUUUUCGUCAAUGUUCAGCAUGUCCAUGUUAACCUGCACGGUGUUGCGCCCUUCAUGCCUCCUCCGCUUCGCGAGCAGGCAGCCCUAGGCGGAGUAUCUUUUCAACUGUGGACGGACCCGACUUGCGAGUCAUCGGUCGAUAUAUCCUUGGCAGUUGAUAUUCUAGGUAGCUUGGGCGAGCUUGUGAUGCGGUACCGCACUGUCUUCGCGGCUUUUCCAGUCCUUGUGAUCGCCUUGGUCCUCCGCAAGCAGUUCCAGGUGUAUAACGAAACCGGCUAUUUCAUCACCUUUCUGGAAGGCCUUGACAGCACUAUACGGUCGUCUCUGCCCCUGCUGCUACUGGCUAUGUCCCUGCUGGCUUCCUCCCUGGCUACAUCGAGCACUCUGCCGCCACGUGAUGAGAUGUUCCAUUGGCGCACGAACGCUACGGAAACUCCAGUGGACUAUACGAAGAACGAUCUACUUCUGGGUUCUCAGGAUGCCUUCUUCUGGUUCUUGGUGCCCGUCUUCGGUAUGAUCAGUGUGGGCGUUUGUGUCCUGAUCAAUUAUGUCGCAUUGUCUCUUCUGUCAGUGUUGACAUUCGUAUAUGGUCUAUUGAACAGCCGGUCAGGUUACAUCAAGCGGGAUGAUAAAGGAAACCUUUCGCUGUUCUCAGCUCCUUCACCUAGACGGCGUUUGAUCAACACGGUUAUCCUGUUGGUACUUGUCUCUACGGUGGUUCCUUACCAGUUUGCCUACAUGGUGGCUUGCAUUGUGCAACUAGCUACUUGCGUUCGCGCCCAGUGGCAUGCCAAAGAGACUAACUCCACAACACACUACAACUUCGCAAACUAUACCUACUCAAUCUUUUUGUUGAUGCUCUGGAUCCUUCCGAUCAACAUUCUUGUUCUGCUUGUUUGGGCGCACAAUCUCGUGGUCCACUGGUUUAUGCCUUUCUCAUCUCAUCACAAUGUCCUGUCCAUCAUGCCUUUCAUUCUGCUUGUGGAGGCUAUGACGACGGGAACCAUGAUCCCCCGCGUGACCACACGAUUAAAAACCAUUACAUCUGUUCUCCUCUUUGCGAUCGCGGUCUACUCGGCGGUCUACGGAGUAUCUUACGCCUACCUGCUCCAUCAUCUGACUAACAUACUGGCUGGCUGGCUGGUUGUGAUCUACCUGUUCGGCAGCGGCUUCUCAGUCCGUCGAUUGUGGCGGUUGGUGGAUGGAGAUGAAGGGGCGCCCGCGUCUUCGGAAGCCGGUAGUCACAUGAAGAAAAAGCCGUGAUGGUUGUCUAGCAACGCGGAGUGUUCUUUUCUCUUUCGCUGCUUAUAUCUUGCUUCUCUUCUUUGUUGCAUUUUGCCGGUUGCCCUUGUUGGGGCCAUGAUUAUAAGGAGUUUACUUGUCGUUUGCUUUGGAGCGGUGUUGUGAGUGCCUUUUUUUGUCCGUCAGAAAGACGGAUCAUGUACAGGAUUUUUGCUUCCGUAACUCCCCGAUCUAUCCGCACAAUUGAGUC